GUUGUGUCGAUGGUGGUUCGAUUUUCAUUAGUAAAUCGAUAGUCAAGGCCUCAAGGGGACUUCAAAUUGCAUGCAACAAAAUCCUUUCCUGCAACUGGCUCUCUACAUUGAUCUAUCGGAGAUAAGUGAGGCGAGGCAUGAUGGAAGAAGAUGGAGCCAAAUGAAUAUUUUUAAAAGCAGUGGUUUCCCUUUUGAUUUUUGUUGGAUUUGUUUUCAUGGAUUAUCCUCCGUCGUCUUCAACUGGUUCAUCAUUUUUUCCAUUCUGUUCCCAUCGGGGUUCCUGGAGGAGAGACGUAAUGGAAGACGGCGGAGGUAGCUGGCGGCAGAAGAAAGUCGGUCAAAAUAAAAAGAGGUUCGUAGAAUGCAGACUAGGCAAGUGCUGGUUUGGUGGAGGAGAAAGAAGGCAAGGCAAGUUUAUGCAGACGGAGAAGGCGAACAAGAAGUCAGGGGAAAAAAAAGAGAAGACGCAACAGAAAUAGCCUGGGUUUUGUGCUUCUCUCCCUC